AACAGUGCGAGAAGGUGUGUGUGUGUUUAUGCUAGCAGUUAUCGACUUUGAUGGUGUUGUUUGGAAGUGAUAUAGAUCAAAACCUAUAUUUCAUAGUAUAUAAGGUUAAAUUGUAUAUAUCCCAUGUGUAAAAUUAAAAAUCCAUUGUAAAUAACCCCUUGAAAUGGUGUAAAAUAAGAGUGGCAUCCCCCCGUGUUUGAGGGAGGCUCCUCUCUUCAAGGUUAUCCUCUCGUCUUGGGACGGUGAACUUCAAGAAGAGAUUGUGAUGUUGUGAUCGAGGUGGGAUAACUAGUGCCAGCCUUGUUAACAUCACGCCGGUCUUCCAUCUGUGCCAAGAGAAACAUCAUGCCGCUCAGUUCAGAUACCUCGGCGGCGCUGUCCCUGCUGGAGCGCAUCCAGCGCUCCAUGAAGGAAACAGACGAGACCAAGUUGUCAGACCAGUGCAGCAACGACCUCAACACGCUCAUCUCCGUCCUAGAGAGUCCCGUCUUCAGGGGCAUCAUCAACAUACAGGAGUCGCUGAAGGAGUUGAAGAAGCAGGUGUCACAACACCCAUCCAUAGUACCGACGGACUUUGACAUCAGUCGUGAGGGAAAGUUGAUCCUUCACGUCUCCCCAGAAGGUGGACACCAGCUGGAGUUUGCUGUUCACGGUGAACCAUCUACCAUCACACUACAACCUGCACCAGCUCUCAUUACCCAGGUUGAUCAUGAAGAUGCAGCUCCCAGCAAGGCUACAGAGAGCAUAGAGCUGCAGGAACUGUGCCACCUGCAGAAACAGCAGCAGCAGCAGGAUGAGGAGGAACUUGUGGAAGCAAAGGCGAAACCUGAGGAGGUGAAGAAAGAUGAGGGAGUGAGGUUGGUGGAUGAGGAUGAGAUGCCGCCAGCCAUCACCAACGCCACUCUGGACCAGGAGCUACAGCGAGCCAUACACACUGCUGCCCAGGGCAGAGAUGUCCAUCAUAUUCAGCUGUACAAGCCUGAGGGAAGCAGUCUGGGCUUCAGCGUGGUGGGUCUCAGAUCAGAGAAGAGAGGCGAGCUGGGUAUCUACGUCCAGGGAAUUCAACCCACCGGCAUCGCUGCUCAGUGA